AAGUUUAACGUGCCCUCUUUACCGUGGUUGGAAAGGGUAUUUUGCGCACUGUCCACACGAGGAUUAUCUUUCUUUCGUUUUUCAUUGUCCCCCAAGGCUUGAAUACGAAACUAGUAGAGUUGUGCUUCUCAGGAGUCGGAAAACAAAACUAAUGUGUUAGGGAACGUUUCAUCUGUUUACUUUUGAACUUCGAAGCUCAUAUUUCUUCUUCGGAACAUGUCAUGAUGUCAUUGUUGGUAAAGGAAGACCAUCAAAAAAGAAGUUCCUCCACUUUAAUGCAUGGCGUUCCACCAAGGGGGCAUCACAACCCAGCAGGCGAGCUUGCACGGUUCGGUCCCCCCACACGCGAUGAUCUGUGGCAUCUACCGGGCGAGCUACGGAUAAAUCCAUUUUUGUGGGAUAAGGAAGAUGUUUCCCACUGGCUCCACUGGGCUCACAAGGAGUACUCACUUCGGCGACCUGAGAAGGGACACUUUGAGAUGAAUGGUCGAGCCUUGUGCCUGCUCACCAAAGAGGACUUCAGAUACCGCAGCCCCAGCUCAGGCGAUGUUCUGUAUGAGAUCCUGCAGUGUGUGAUUUGGCAACGGAGUAGUCUUGUAUGUGAACCCCCAAAAAAGUCUGACCCAAAAACUGAAGAGUCGCUCCCUCGCUCUCCAGAUAACACGCAAGCUCCAGAAAAACAAGAUGAAACAGAAAGGCUCAUAGAAGAACCUCUCAAUUUGUCUUGCCAAGAGAAUCCUCGAAGACAAAUGCACAAACCUGAUGGUCGCUUGCCAGAGUGCAGGCUACUGUGGAAUUAUGUCUAUAAACUUCUGUCUGAUGACCAAUAUCAAGAAUACAUCAGAUGGGAGGACCGUAGCAGCCUGUUGUUCAGGGUGGUGGAUCCCAACGGCCUGGCACAUCUCUGGGGACGCUACAAGAACCGAGACAAUAUGACCUAUGAAAAAAUGUCUCGGGCUUUGAGGCACUAUUACAAACUCAACAUCAUCAAAAAGGAGCGAGGACAAAAAUUCCUCUUCAGGUUUCUGAAAACACCACAAGAGUUCAGGAAAGAGCUGGAUGACCAUGUUGAGUCUCCAGCACACUCUCCCCUUCAGGACAGGAACUUUCCAGACAGCAGUCCUUUAUCUAAUUUCAGGGAAGAAGGUUUUGAGGUUUCCCCUGAUCGUAUCUCUCCAGAGUGUUUUUCAAGUGGUCCCCCGGUGAGUGAACCAUGGAGGAGAGUCUCUCUCUGCAAAAUACCCCCAAGCUUUCGUUUCCGAGUACCAAGCGACAUCCAGCCGGACUCCGCCAGCUUGACAGCGCCAUCAAGCCGUAACUGUACAGUAUAAGGAUACAGUCAAUAUAUUGUUUUACAAAAAUACUUAACAAUAGUUAUAAUUUCUAAUAAUAUAAUAAUAAUAGAAUUUUAAUUUUUUCUCCUAUGUGCCUGCGAAUAGUGUGUGGAGAGUCUCUGUCGCAGAAAUGCACAAAUACAGUCCAUGAAUGGAACAAACACCUUCUAUCGUAAUAUUAUGAUGUAGCGACAGCGGCCAGUGAAGACCGCUGCUCCCUUGACAAUCGUGCCAUGUUUUUUCUGGUUCAGUAAAAUAUAUGUAACUGUGUUUCCCAAGAAGAACACGGGGUGGCAGUUUUUCCGUUGCAGCACGUUGGUUGAUACGUGCGAGGGUCAGUCACCUGAUGUGCAGCCGGGAGUCGCCAACUGUAAUUUUGUUUUCAAGAUUUUACAGUUGAGUCGCUAUUGGACGCGUGGCUUGGUGUGUGGCGGGCUUUAGUUAUAUCAGUUGUCGCCAUCAUUAAAACAGUGAUCUAUUUUUUGAAAUGUAAGUUUCUCAGCUGUUUAUCACUCAGUGCAACUACUACUGCAACUAGAACACAA